AGAGAAUGGUGGUGGGAAUUACUCACAUGGCUGUUCGGUACCUGCGCGUUUGCGACUCUGAUAAUCCUAUUAGCCCGGUUCAAAGGCCAAUCAACGGAGGAGUGGAAGAGCGUGGUGCAACUAUCAACCGUGGUGGCCGCGCUUUCUCAAGCAGCCCAAUCAUCCUUGAUGGUGCCAGUUGCAUCAUGCAUUGGGCAGCUGAAAUGGCCGUGGCUCCAAACUCGCCAGCCUAUGUCCUACAUCCACAUUUUCGACGAAGCGACUCGAGGCCCAAAUGGCAGUGUGUGGCUGCUU